GACAUAACAUGCGAUUUAGUUUUCUUCAAGCGACAACAAGCACAUUAGCGGCAAUCAUCUCGUUUCCUGAAGAUAAUUCAGUGAACGUAAAUGUAAAUUAAGUAAAAAACGUGCGUGGCUAUUCAUUUGAGUGUUAAUUAGCUGUAAGUUGCAGUGUAGUUCUGAAGUACUAAGUAGUAAAAAUCAAAUACAGUUCUAUAGUAUUAAGAAUAUUAUCGAAGAUGAUGGAUUUGCUUACGACAUAUCUCGUGAAAAAUAAUUUAGUGGCAAAGUCGAACUGGAGCUUACCGUGAUGAUUACGAAAUCAGUAAGCAGUAUCGCGCGACCCACUUUUUCAACUAAAUAAAGUGGACAUUAGAAUUUCGAUAAAAGAUGCACGACCGACUCUCAUGGUGCACGCUGUUUCUCAUUUUGCCAACAAUUUUACUUGCCAGAUCUCUCGACAAAGAGCGUCAAGUGCAGUUCAGUCCACCCUCGGAAUGGAAGGCGUUGUAUUACAGCAACCUCGAGGAUCUACAGCGCGCGAACGAGGCCAACGAGAACAACACCAUAUCGAACGUGACGGUGCAGUUGGGCAGUACCGCCUUCCUCUACUGCAAGCUCCGCAAUCCUGUUGAGAGAACUGUUGCCGAUGUUGAGGUGUCGUGGAUAAGGCGACGUGAUUGGCACGUAUUGACGAGCUCAACAUUUACGUACACGAACGACGAGCGCUUCCAGGUAUUGCACCCUGAGGGUUCGGAAGACUGGACUUUGCAAAUAAAAUAUGUACAGGAACGAGAUAACGGGACCUAUGAAUGUCAGGUUUCCAGAAGUACAGGAAUUUUAUCGCAUUUCGUCAAUUUAAAUGUCGUCAUACCAGAAGCUUUCAUACUCGGAAGCGAGGAGCAUCAUGUUGAUGUAGGCUCCAUCAUCAAGCUCGUCUGUAUUAUAGAGAAGAGCCCAACGCCACCCCAGUAUGUUUUCUGGUAUCACAAUAACCGCAUGAUAAAUUACGAUACAACGCGUGGCAGCGUCACUGUGCAAACGGAACCAGGACCAACGCAGAGUCGACUGACCAUACACCACGCGCUCGAAUCGGACACAGGCAAUUAUACCUGUAGCGCGUCCAACACUAAACCAGCUUCUAUCUUCGUUUUUGUUACUGAGGGUGAUAACAUGGCAGCAAUUUUACGACGUAAAAAUUCCAGUACAAGAAUAACCGAUUGUUUCUGUAUUAUAAUCGUAACGCUAAUACUCAAAUUCAAAGCUCAAUAAGUCAAGCAAACAUUAUCGGCACGAAGAUGGAAAGUCCGAAUGAAACAUGUCCAAUCCAUUAAUCAAUCGAUCUUUGACGGAAUGCGACGCUAUCUAUCAUCAGUUCAGGCCACGUUUGGGAUAACAAUAUACAUUGCGCUUCGCAUUAUCGUAUUGGACGUGUAUAUGUACAGGUAACUAUUGUGGAUUACUGGUGUUCAGCUUAAAUGGUCUAUCGGAAUAAUAAUAGUCAUCUUGUCGAACAUCCCAUCCCGAUAUGUUCAAGCUCACUGUGAUAGUAAAUAAUAAUUUGUAAUUUCCAAAUAGUGUAAAACUGUAUAUAACCGACGUCAGGUACAUUUUAACAAAUGCAUCACACCUUUCGAGUACUUCGAAGUACGCUAUUGUAGUCAUCUAUUUUUAAUCUUAAAUGUUAAAAAAAA